CGGACUGGCGGUUGCCCUCGCACAUGUCGUGGUAGUAGCUGUGGCCGUGGAAAGGGGAGGCAACCGCACAAGACGACACGAACGCCACCACCUGUCCCCAUUUCCCCCAACAUUCCGUCCCAAUCCAAUCCCCCCCCAACAUGGCCGACUCCGCCGCCGCCGCCGCUGGGCCCCACCACCACCACCGCCUCCCCUCCUCCUCCUCCGCCUCGCCGCCGCCGCCGCAGCCGGACCCCGGCGGCAAGCGCCAGCGCCGCCCCAGCGUCCGCCUCUCCGGCUCCAUCCCCCUCCCCUCCCACCUCCCCCACCCUCGCCGCAUUCCCAUCACCCCCGCCUCCCGCUCCCGCAAACCCCUCCACCUCCAACCCCACCACCCCAAGCCCGAGCACGAGGAAGACGACAACGACCACAACCCCUCCAACCCCGCCUCCGCCGACGCCGACGCCGACGACCUCGUCCUCGCCGCCGCCUUCCCCCGCAAGCCGAGGUCCCUGGAGGCCGUGCAGGGAGAGAGCGUUGCGGCCGCCGCGGCGGCGGCGGAGGAGGAGGAGGCGGCGGCUGAAGGGGAGGUGGUGGACGUGGUCGAGUGGCUGUGGGGGAUCGGGAUGGGGAGGUACGCGGCGGCGUUCGAGGCGCACGAGGUGGACGGGGAGGUGCUGCCCUGCCUCACCAUGGACGACCUCCGCGACAUGGGCAUCGGCGCCGUCGGGGCCCGCCGCAAGCUCUACUGCGCCAUCCAGAGGCUGCCCCCUCCUCCCGCUCUGCCUCCGCCUCCCCCGCCGCCGCCACGGAGACAGAUGUCAGGGAGCCAAGCCAAUGAAAUGUACCUUCCCAGUCUUUGUAUAAGCUGCAGUUUAUUCAGGAAAGCAUCGUAAUGUACAGGGCUAGAGAUAGUGUUCAACUUCAAUCUAGCGGAGUAUACAGACUACAGAGCAGAAGGGACUGAUAGUCUAAACUAAUUAUCUCAAUUUGUAGCUAGUAUUGCCGUAUGGUCCAAAAUGUCUUAGGUUUGCCUGGUUGUUGCAUGAAUUACCACACUCACAUUAGCCCCAGUUAUGCUCUCUUUUUCGCUUUCCGUAGAAGGGUUUAUUUAAUGGACAAUUUCUUUCACACCCUGGCCUAUAUAUUGGUCAGUGUGCGCACUAACUAGCAAGUUGGUACCAAUUCACACCCUCAACACAUUUGUCC